AUGGCGUCCAUCAAGUUACCACUAGUCGGCAAAACAGCUCUUGUGACCGGCGGCAUCAGGGGAAUCGGUCGAGGUAUUUCUUUGGAGCUCGCUCGUCGAGGUGCCAACGUCGCCAUGGUCUAUGCCAACCCUAGCCGUCAAGAUGCAGCAAUGGAAGCGGUUAAAGAAAUUCACUCCCUUGACUCUGGCGCAAAGGCUGUGAGCAUUCAGGCAGACCUGAAGAUAUUUGAUAACUAUCAAAAGAUUGUCGACGAGACGCUGCGGGAACUCAAUGUCAGAAACAUUGAUAUUGUCGUCCACAAUGCAGCUGUCGGCUCACCUGUGUCGACGGAAGAUACAACAGAACAGCUUUACGACGACACCAUGGCCACAAACCUUCGAGCCCCAUUCUUUCUCACUCAGACGUUGCUCCCAUACAUCCCCCAUGGAGGGCGCAUUAUCCUCAUUUCAUCCAUUGCAGCCAGACGGUUCUCGUUUGGACUGCAUCAAACCGCUUAUGCCAUUAGCAAGGCAGCCAUCGAGGCGCUUGCCAGAAAUUGGGCUGUUGAAUUUGGACAGUCUCGUGGGAUCACUGUAAACGCUUUAUCUGUUGGAUUUGUUGAGACGGAAUUGGUGCAGAGUCUCUCUCCUGAGAAGCUUGAAGCAUACCGCAAAGAAAAUGCACGUGUUACGGCAGCAGCCCCAAGGAGUGGAACACCAAAUGACAUUGCUCAGAUUGCUGCCUUUAUUGCCAGUGAAGAGUCUCGGUGGGUAACGGGAAGCACAAUUUCAGCCAAUGGUGGAAAGUGGCCAAUUUAA